AUGCCUAGCACCAGCACUCGGCGCACCGUCUCCCCGCUUCGCCGAGUAACUCCCACCAACUCAGACGCUCGUAACCUACGCGCGCGCAGAAGUACAUCUUCAUCCUCGGCUACGCCCUCUAAAGCCAAGAAUCCGGACUAUGGGCGUUUCACGCCGCUUGCAUCCCAACCACAGACCAUAUCCUCCAACGCGGGCAAUGCACCCUCCGAGCUUUCCACCUCCUUUGGAUCUAGAGCCUCUCCUGUGCCCGUAGUCACGUCUAAGUCGACGCCUUUGUUGGAAGAACGGAUGACGUAUACUUCUCUCCCAUCGACGCCUGUGCUUGGAGCGACGAUACCUGAGUUCUCAGCGACAGCCAGACCCGAGUCUGUCGAUCCGAGCUUCGCAUCCCAGAGCGCGAAAUUUCGAUUCACACCAGAGCUCAAGUGGGAAAGAGUCAGCAACUUCCUGAACAUACCGAUUGCUAUCGAAAAGAUUGUUGGGUUCGGCUAUAUUCUGUGUUUGGACUCGUUCCUGCAUACGUUUACCAUCCAGCCUAUUCGAUUUUUUCUCGCCGCAUGUCGACUGUUCGUCAACUGCAUCACGUUCUCCAAGCACACACUUCCACCUUCUCAAAAAGCCGACCUGCUGCGACAAGAUAUACCAUUCCAUCCGCGGUCAAGACAACAUCAAAUAUAUGUUAUAUACAAUGCCCUGGAGAUUGCCGACCGGCUGUGCACAUCAUUUGGCCAAGACAUCCUUGACUGUCUAUUUUCGCGCUCGACGCUUCUGGCGCUGACGUAUCGGCUCCCUCUAACCUCCCAGACGCUGCGGCCCUUUCUGUACUUUGGACUGGCCAGCUGUUAUCUCGUCCUUCAUUCGCUCGUUUUGGUAUACCAGCUGAUCUCGCUCAACGUUGCUAUCAACUCUUACGAUAAUGCGCUGCUGACAUUGCUGAUCUCGAACCAGUUUGUGGAAAUCAAGGGAAGCGUGUUCAAAAAGUUUGAAAAAGACAACCUCUUCCAGAUCACAUGUGCAGAUAUCCCAGUGAUGACGGUGUUGCUAUCGGAGCUAGUGGUCGACUGGCUCAAGCAUGCGUUUAUCACGAAGUUCAAUCACAUCCGCCCCUCGGUCUACGAGCGAUAUACUGACGUGCUCUGUCGAGAUCUGCUCGCCAGCGGCAGUCGCAGACCAUCUCGUAAGAAUACAUACGUCGACCAAUCGCCACUCGUCGCUCGACGUCUUGGCCUUCCUACUCUGCCGCUUGCUGUACUCGUUCUUCUCAUUGGUUCCCAGCUGUCAGCAAAUGUGAUGUCGCUGCACGAAUGGAACUGGACGUGGGAGCGAGCGACGCAGUGUGCAGUGCUGGGGGUUCUGAUUUGGCUAUGUUUGGUAACGAUCAAGUUGAUGCUCGGGGUCAACCUUCUCGUCUAUGCUACGAGCCGUAAGAAAUACAUGGAUACACGGGUUCAAGAAGACGAAGAUGUGAACAAGUUUGGGCGGAAUCCGAUUGGGGAGGAAGGAAGAACAGGUGAGGCGGGCUACAAUCGGGAGCUCAAGACUCUACUGAAUCGCAAGGCGGAUGAUGCGGGUGGAGGAGCAGCGCGGAAAAAAGUGGCGCUGGAGGAUCUGACUAGGUUCACUAUGGUCAAGCGGAUUUGGUAG